CCUGGCGGCCUAUAGAGGCCGCGGCGCCUGCGCCUGCGCAGUCAUUCUUCCUCAGGCGGCUGCCAUGGCGGGACAAGAGGAUCCGGUGCAGCGGGAGAUUCACCAGGACUGGGCGAAUCGGGAGUACAUUGAGAUCAUCACCAGCAGCAUCAAGAAAAUCUCGGACUUUCUCAACUCUUUCGAUAUGUCUUGUCGUUCAAGACUCGCAACACUAAAUGAGAAAUUGACAGCCCUUGAACGGAGAAUAGAGUACAUUGAAGCGAGGGUGACAAAGGGUGAGACUCUCACCUAGAGCUGUGCCACGCUGCUGCUGGGAGUCGCUGUACAGAACUCUGGCCAUGUGGGAAAGGCCCAGCAGCCUUCUGCGCCUCCCCCUCUUCUUACAGAGCAACAGGGCUUUUUCUUGUUUUUCUUUUUUCAAAAGUGGCCUUUGGGCUCUGCUGUAUGCACCUGGGAUGUGAUGUGGCAUGGGGAAGAAGUCCAGGGAACCUCUUGGAAACAUCUUUAGGCAUUUGCCCUUUUCAGUAACAUUGUUUGGAACUACUUGUCAAUGUGUUUGAGGUGUUCAGAGGCGAGCCGGGACUCUGUUAAGUCCCCCUGCCUCAGUCUCUUUCUCUCAGACUUCCCUCCGCACUGGCUGUCAACAGUCCAUCUUCUCUCCGCCCGUGACAGGAGGUGGGGGCCAUCCUGACUGAGACUCUUGUGCCCUGCAGUGUGGUUGCCAAAAAAUGUUGUUGCUAACCCACCAAUUUCUUAUUCUGGGAGGUCAAAGCCAGGCCCCCAGUUGGCUUGAAGGGACAUUUUCAGUUUUCUUUCUGUCACUUGGGGUAUCUAUGGCUCUUGUACUUCCCUAAUAAACUCCACUUUACCUGA